UCAGUGCGAAUCAGUGGGCGGGAUGUAUCUGUUAUGGGACAGUUGGAGCGAAACGGGGUGUUUUCAGAAGAUAGCUAAUAUAGAUUUGCAGCACACGAUCUGUACGGGUUUUUAAUUGUAUUUAAAAAAAAUAAUAAAACAAAUUAUAAUCAUGACAUCUACCAUUGAUGAUAGCGAAAAAGACAAGGCACACUCUGUGUCUGUGGACCUAAACAACGACUCCUCUCUACUCAUCGACAUUCCUGAUGCACUCUGUGAACGAGACAAAGUCAAGUUCACUGUCCACACCAAGACCACCAUGAGCUCCUUCCAGAAGCCAGACUUCUCUGUUCCUAGGCAACAUGAGGACUUUAUCUGGCUCCAUGACACGCUGGUUGAAACUGAAGACUACGCUGGGCUCAUCAUCCCUCCAGCCCCCCCGAAGCCAGACUUUGAGAGCCCCAGGGAGAAGAUGCAUAAACUGGGAGAGGGAGAAGCCACCAUGACCAAGGAGGAAUACACCAAGAUGAAGCAAGAGUUAGAGGCUGAGUACCUGGCUGUAUUCAAGAAGACUGUUCAAGUCCACGAAGUAUUCCUGCAGCGACUAUCUUCUCACCCCAUUCUGAGCAAGGACAGAAACUUCCAGAUAUUUCUUGAGUAUGACCAGGAUCUGAGCGUACGGAGGAAAAAUGCCAAGGAGACGUUUGGGAGUUUCUUUAAGAACAUGGUGAAGAGUGCUGAUGAGGUCAUCAUCUCUGGGAUAAAGGAGGUAGAUGAUUUCUUUGAGCAGGAGAAGACCUUCCUGCUUGAUUAUUCGUCUAAGAUCAAAGACUCCACUGCCAGGGCAGAGAAGAUGACCCGCUCCCACAAAAAUGUUGCUGAUGAUUACAUUCACAUCUCUUCUACGUUGAACAGUCUCUCUGUCGAUGAUAACACAGCACUUAAAAUGCAUUUUGAGAAGUUAGCUGACCUGUUUGAGAAACUCCGGAAAGUGGAGGGUAGAGUGGCGUCGGACCAGGAGCUGAAGCUCACAGAGCUACUACGGUACUACAUGAGGGACAUCCAGGCAGCCAAGGACCUGUUGUACAGACGGGCCAGGGCCCUGGCAGACUAUGAGAACAGUAACAAGGCUCUGGACAAGGCCCGGCUGAAGAGUAAAGCCGUUGCUCCAGCUGAGGAGCACCAACAACAGUGUCUGCAGAAGUUUAACAAGCUUUCUGAGUCGGGAAAAAGAGAGCUGACCAGUUUUAAGGGCAGGAGAGUGGUGGCUUUCCGGAAGAAUCUAGUAGAGAUGGCUGAACUGGAGAUUAAGCAUGCUAAGAACAACAUGUCUCUGCUGCAGGGCUGCAUUGAGCUUUUCAAGAGCAGCUGAGCCACUGGUCUCCUACCAAACCUCCCAGACCACUGACCAGCUGGGCUUUGGCGCCAGUCUGUUUCUGCUCUCUUGCCAACUCCUUAUGGAAUCGUCAUGCGAAACCGUGCCUGGAGUAGGAACAUUUACAAACGGACCAGGAUACUGACCAGCAGGCUUUGAGAAGGGAACCUGGAUACCACUUCUCUCCACCCCACGUGUCAAACUCAUUCCACGGCGGGUUUUCGUUCCACCCUUGUACUUAAUUGAUGAAUUAAGGUCACUAAUUAGUAAAGAACUCCCCUCACCUGGAUGUCUAGGUCUUAACUGAAAGGAAAAACCAAAACCAGCAGACACCUGGCCCUCAGUGGAAUGAGUUUGACACCCCUGGAGACCCAAUGGCCUCCACCCUCUUCCCCCAGGGGAACUUGGGUCGUGUUCAUUAGGGCACAUGUUUGAACAACUUCCCUUUGCAACGGAAAACAAAAAUAAGGCUUUGUUAUUAGUCCCUCCCCGUUUCACUCAUUUGCGGGGUGUUUCGUGCCUUGAACCCGAUCCCGGAUACCCUCUUCCUCCACUUCAGAAACCUGCACAAGAACCUGCAUAUGUCUGUUUUCAGUUCGACUGUCUCUGCUUCUGUCUGGAUGUUUAGUCUCUGUCCACCUGUCCCCUCCGUGUCUCCUUCUGUCCCCUCCGUGUCUCCUUCUGUCCCCUCCGUGUCUCCUCCUGUCCCCUCCGUGUCUCCUCCUGUCCCCUCCGUGUCUCCUCCUGUCCCCUCCGUGUCUCCUCCUGU